ACAAGUAUCUCCGCUUUUCGCGAAAAUAAAACAGAAUAAAGAGAAACCAAAAAAAGUGGUUUUAUUAUUUCAGUUUUGGAUUUUCUGUAUUCUGCGCCGCUACUUCAUCUUCCUUGCUCUAAAUCCUUCUCCUUCCAGAGUUCCAGGAAUUGGUUCUAGUAAUGAUUAUGAACGUAAUGUGUGCGUGUUCAUUUGACAUGAGAUUCACAUUUGUUAUGGUUGGAUGGGAGGGAACAGCAAAUGAUUCAAGAAUUUUUUGGGAAACCAUUACCAAUAGAGAAGAAAGUAAGUUUCCCAUGCCUCCCAAAAGAAAAUAUUAUCUUGUUGACUUAGGGUAUACAAACAUGCAUGGAUUUCUCACACCAUAUCGUGGAGAAAGAUAUCAUUUGCGUGACUACAGAGGAGCAAGGAACCCACAAGGUCCCGAGGAGAUAUUCAAUUAUACACAUUCUUCAUUACCUAAUGUUAUUGAAAGAUGUUUUGGUGUGUUGAAAGCUAGAUUUCCCAUCCUCAAAGAUAUGCCUCCUUAUGAUUUAAAAAGACAAAAGUAUAUAAUUUUGUCUUGUUGUGUUGUCCACAAUUUCAUCAAAAUGUGCAAGGAUGGAGAUCCUUUAUUCAUCCAUUAUGCAGAUGAAAAUGUCGAGCUUGAUGAUGAUGGUAUUCCCACCACUGGAUCUGAGGACCAAGUAACUCCUAGUGUUAGUCAGAGAGAACUUCGUCGAAUGGCCAACUUUCGAGAUCGUUUGGCAAAAAAAUUGUGGGAGAGACAAACUUCUCAAUGACCGUCGUCUUUGAGAACAUUAAUGUAUUUCGUAUUAUCAUUUGUUUGAUAUUGGACUUUAGAUUUUUAUUUUUACUUUUAAGCGUAUAUUUUUUUCAAACAGUAUGGGAUGAAGACCAUUUAAU